AUGACGGAACGGGUGAGUGAUAUGGCAAAGAUGCAUGCCACCGAGGUUCAACCUCGGAAGGGCAGCAUGCAAGAUAUGGCUGGCGGUACUGAAGUUGGUCCCAUCAACACUGCUCCCGCAUACGCCGAACCGAGCAUGGAAGGCAGCAUUGGCAGCAUGCCACUCGAUGGAGAGGAGCCUACAGAGGAAGAAAAGGCCACUUUACGCCACGUCGCCGACAAGCUGCCAAAGGCUGCCUUCUUGGUGUCUUUUGUUGAGCUUUGCGAGCGUUUCGCCUACUAUGGAUUGUCUGGACCUUUCCAGAAUUACAUUCAAAACAAAGUUCAUGAUCCCAGCGGUGUGCCUGGUGUUCUCGGCAUGGGACAGACUGCAGCUACAGGACUAACCAACUACUUCCAAUUCUGGUGCUAUUUGACACCAAUUAUUGGCGCCAUUGUUGCUGACCAGUACUUGGGUCGAUAUAAUGCAAUUCUUCUCUUUUCCGUUAUCUACACCAUCGGUCUUCUUAUUCUGGUCACCACUGCAAUCCCCUCGGCAAUUGCGGCAGGAGCGUCAAAGGCAGGUCUUAUUGUCGCCAUGACCGUGAUUGGUUUGGGAACGGGUGGUAUCAAAUCCAACGUCAGCCCGUUGAUUGCCGACCAGUACAAGGCUUCCAAGCAAUAUGUCAAGACGCUGAAGAGUGGAGAGCGCGUCAUUGUUGACCCCGGUGUCACGAUUCAGCGCAUCUACAUGAUCUUCUACCUUUGCAUCAACGUUGGAUCUCUCUCCGCCAUUGCCACUACGGAAAUGGAGCACCACAUUGGUUUCUGGUGGGCGUAUCUUUUGCCCAUGAUCAUGUUCAUCAUUGGCUUCGUCUUUAUCGCCGUCAGUAAGCCAUUCUACACCAUCCGCCCGCCAACUGGAUCGGUCAUUCCUCAUGCCUUCAAGGUCAUGUGGAUUGGCUUGACGCACAAGGGUGACCUCAACGCUGCCAAGCCGACCUACCGCGAGGAGUAUGGAGGCAGCUACUCGACCCCCUGGAAUGACAGCUUCGUCGACGAAAUGCGCGUCGCCCUUCAGGCAUGCAAGGUCUUCGUCUUUUACCCCGUGUACUGGGUCGUCUACACUCAGAUGUUGAAUAACUUUAUCUCACAAGCUGGUACCAUGGAACUGCACGGCAUUCCCAACGAUCUCAUGCAGAACAUUGACCCCAUUACCAUCAUCAUCUUCAUUCCCAUCUGCGAUCGCCUCGUCUAUCCUCUUCUCCGCAAGGUUGGCAUCAAGUUCAAGCCCAUUACUCGUAUCACCGCCGGAUUCAUGUUUGGCGCUCUUUCCAUGGCCUACGCUGCCAUUGUUCAGCACCUCAUCUACAGCGCUGGCCCGUGCUAUAAGGCCCCGCUUGCCUGCGACGCCAGCCAAGGCGGCGUCAUUCCCAACCACAUCCACGUCGCUGUCCAAACCCCGGCCUACCUCUUCAUUGGUCUCUCUGAAAUCUUCGCCUCCAUUACCGGUCUCGAGUACGCCUACACCAAGGCGCCCCCGACCAUGAAGUCCUUUAUCAUGGCCAUGUUCCUCCUCACCUCUGCCUUUGGCUCCGCCCUCGCCAUUGCUCUCUCCCCAACCGCCGUCGACCCCAAGCUCCUCUGGAUGUACAUUGGUCUCGCCAUUGCUUGCUUCAUCGCCGGUAUCCUCUUCUGGUUCAUCUACUCCCCACUCAACGCGACUGAGGACGAAAUGAAUGAGACGGGCGCUGGCGCUCUUGAAGAGAAGGAGGAUCCUGCCCUCACGUAUAGCAUCGAGGACAAGGCUUAG